AUGAACAGGGGACAUUUGAAAAACAUUACGGUGAGAGGUUUAUUUUUCAUACAGUUGGUAGCGCUACCGACAUGGCUACGUUCAGUUCGCUACAAAGUUCACAGUGUCGCUGCAGUCGCGCAACAGUUCAUCGCUCUUGCCUCGUGCACAAAUAUUUUUGCAUCAAAAAAGUAUAUUUAUCUGAGAAAGGGAAAGAUGAUUUUUGAUCGUGAUUAUUCAAAAGUUCCCUGCAUUAGGCAAAGUUUUCUCAAUGGCAUAGGGGCAGGUGUUAUUGGUUUAGUGGCAGUACUUAUGAUGACAAGUAAACCUCGUUUAGCUGCAAAUUGCUGUAUUGGCGCAUUUGUAACAGUUUCUCCUGGUUCAUUCGUAUAUUGUCAGUAUAAAUUGAAAAAAACUAAAGAUUUAUUAAUGGAAGCAAAAAUAAGAGCAGUUAAAUCAGAAUAGUAAAUUAAAUUUAGAUUUAUAAAAAUAUUUAUAUGUACAUAAUAAUAAUUUACCCAAUUUUGUAUAAAAUUGUUGAAAAUAGUUAAAGUUUUUAAUGAUUAAUAAAAAAAAAUAUUCUUAA